UAAAUAAAAGAGCCACUGUAUGUAUUUGCUCGUAAUCAGAUAUCUCUCUCUGCACUAUUUCUCGUCCAUUCAACUUACAGAGAAGAGAAAAGGAGAGAGAAGUAGCAGAGAAUCAUGAAAAAUUCUUUGAACAUUCCUGUUUUUGUGGUUGCAAUCGCCUGUUUUGUAACUCACGUGAGAUCGGACGCCUCCGAUCACCGUUACAAGGACGGCGAUCCUGUUCCUCUCUACGCCAACAAGGUCGGCCCUUUUCACAAUCCUAGUGAAACAUAUCGCUAUUUCGAUCUGCCAUUCUGUGUUCCAGAUCACCUGAAGGAGAAAACAGAAGCUCUUGGUGAGGUAUUGAAUGGAGAUCGUCUAGUCAGUGCUCCCUACAAACUCAACUUUCGAGAUGAGAAAGACACAGCAGUUGUUUGUAGGAAGAAGCUCACAAAGGAAGAAGUUGCUAAGUUUCGAUCUGCAGUUGACAAAGACUAUUACUUCCAAAUGUAUUAUGAUGAUUUGCCCAUUUGGGGUUUCAUUGGAAAGGUUGACAAAGAAGGCAAAGCCGAUCCGAGUGACUACAAAUACUUUCUUUACAAGCACAUCCAAUAUGAUAUUCUCUACAAUAAGGACCGUGUUAUUGAAGUAAGCAACCGAAUGGAUCCUCAUUCGCUGUUGGAUUUGUCGGAGGACAAAGAAGUUGAUGCAGAAUUCCUUUAUACUGUAAAAUGGAAGGAAACGGACACUCCAUUUGAAAAGAGAAUGGAUAAGUACUCGCUUUCAUCUUCGCUGCCACAUCACUUGGAAAUUCACUGGUUCUCUAUUAUAAACUCGUGUGUGACAGUUCUCCUAUUGACUGGUUUUCUUGCUACAAUUCUCAUGCGGGUCUUGAAAAAUGACUUCAUGAAGUAUGCACAAGAUGAGGAAGCAGCUGAUGAUCAGGAAGAGACUGGAUGGAAGUACAUUCAUGGUGAUGUGUUUAGGUAUCCAAAGUACAAAUCUUUGUUUGCUGCUGCCCUUGGUUCUGGCACCCAGCUGUUCACACUCACCAUAUUUAUUUUUAUGCUUGCCCUUGUUGGUGUAUUUUAUCCAUACAAUCGUGGAGCUCUUUUUACUGCUUUGGUGGUCAUAUAUGCCCUUACUUCUGGGAUUGCUGGAUAUACUGCAACCUCUUUCUAUUGUCAGCUUGAAGGAAAGAACUGGGUGAGGAAUCUUUUGCUGACAGGUUGCCUUUUCUGUGGGCCUCUGUUCCUCACUUUCUGCUUCCUUAACACCGUAGCCAUUGUUUACAGUGCAACUGCAGCACUGCCUUUUGGCACUAUUGUAGUAAUAGUCCUUAUAUGGACAUUAGUGACAUCUCCAUUGCUUGUGUUGGGUGGUAUUGCUGGCAAAAAUAGCAAGGCUGAGUUUCAAGCUCCCUGUCGCACCACUAAAUAUCCUCGAGAAAUCCCACAAUUGCCAUGGUACAGGAGUGCUCUUCCUCAGAUGGCAAUGGCUGGUUUUCUGCCUUUUAGUGCUAUCUACAUUGAGCUAUACUACAUUUUUGCCAGUGUUUGGGGUCACAGGAUUUACACUAUCUAUAGCAUCCUUUUCAUUGUCUUCAUUAUUCUUUUGAUUGUCACGGCUUUCAUAACCGUGGCUUUGACAUACUUCCAACUUGCUGCUGAAGAUCAUGGAUGGUGGUGGAGGUCUUUUCUCUGUGGCGGAUCGACUGGGCUAUUUAUUUAUGCUUACUGCUUAUAUUAUUACUAUGCGCGGUCUGAUAUGUCCGGCUUCAUGCAAACCUCUUUCUUCUUUGGGUACAUGGCUUGCGUAUGCUAUGGCUUCUUUCUCAUGCUUGGGACAGUGGGUUUCCGUGCCUCCCUGCUCUUUGUUCGACACAUAUACAGGUCGAUUAAGUGUGAAUAGAUGGCUGGUUCGUCUUUUCAUUGCAAUUAAUGCCAUCAGAGAAAGAUCUAUAAUUUUUGUUAGAACUUAGGCUGGAGACUAAAUUGGCUGUAUCAGGAGUGACGGGAAUGGAGGAAGAAGCUUUGGUCUUUUCUGAUCUCUUUUUACAUGUUGGCUUUAGAUGUUAGGAACCUUUCUGACAUUCUUGGUAUAUGUAAUUAUCAAUACACAAAAUGUGAAAAGUGUCUGUACUGUUACUCUGCGUAUACCUUUAGUUUGUAGAAGCAGCACUCUUUUUCAACAAUCUCUUUUGCAAAACACUUUAAGAAUGAAAUCUAUUUUUCGGAUUAA